AUGGGCCUGGCCGAGGCCCUGCGCCGCCUGAGCGGCGCCCUGGCUUCGGGGGACGGCGGGGCGGGCGAUGAGGAGGCCGGGCCGGGGCUGUGCCGCAACGGGUGGGCCCCGGCCCAGGCCCGGGCCACGGGAAGGCGCCGCGGGCGCUUCGUCAAGAAGGACGGCCACUGCAACGUGCGCUUCGUGCACCUGGGCGGCCAGGGCGCGCGCUACCUGAGCGACCUGUUCACCACGUGCGUGGACGUGCGCUGGCGCUGGAUGUGCCUGCUCUUCUCCUGCUCCUUCCUGGCGUCCUGGCUGCUCUUCGGCCUGGCCUUCUGGCUCAUCGCCUCGCUGCACGGCGACCUGGCCGCGCCGCCGCCGCCCGCGCCCUGCUUCUCGCACGUGGCCAGCUUCCUGGCCGCCUUCCUCCUGGCGCUGGAGACGCAGACGUCCAUCGGCUACGGCGUGCGCAGCGUCACGGAGGAGUGCCCGGCCGCCGUGGCCGCCGUGGUGCUGCAGUGCAUCGCCGGCUGCGUGCUCGACGCCUUCGUCGUGGGCGCCGUCAUGGCCAAGAUGGCCAAGCCCAAGAAGCGCAACGAGACGCUCAUCUUCAGCGAGAACGCCGUGGUGGCGCUGCGCGACCGCCGCCUCUGCCUCAUGUGGCGCGUGGGCAACCUGCGCCGCAGCCACCUGGUGGAGGCCCACGUGCGGGCCCAGCUGCUGCAGCCUCGGGUGACCCCCGAAGGGGAGUACAUCCCGCUGGACCACCAGGACGUGGACGUGGGCUUCGACGGCGGCACGGACCGCCUCUUCCUGGUGUCCCCCAUCACCAUCGUGCACGAGAUCGACGCCUCCAGCCCCCUCUACGAGCUGGGGCGCGCCGAGCUCGCCCGGGCCGACUUCGAGCUGGUGGUCAUCCUGGAGGGCAUGGUGGAGGCCACGGCCAUGACCACGCAGUGCCGCUCCUCCUACCUCCCCGGCGAGCUGCUCUGGGGCCACCGUUUCGAGCCGGUCCUCUUCCAGCGCGGCUCCCAGUACGAGGUGGACUACCGCCACUUCCACCGCACGUACGAGGUCCCGGGGACCCCCGUCUGCAGCGCCAAGGAGCUGGACCAGCGGGCAGAGCGGGACUCCCGCGGCCCCAAGGCCGGCUUCCCCGACUGCCUGACGGCUUUCUGCUACGAGAACGAGCUUGCGCUGAGCUGCUGCCAGGAGGAAGAGGAAACCCCGGACGGGGAGGAGUCGGAGGCAGAAGAGGGGGCCGCCAGCCCCCGAGGACUCACACCAACCCCGUCUCUGGCCCCGCCCCCGUGA